CACACUUCUCUUGACUCCUACUACCGCCACCCUGGUCCAACGUCGUCUGACACUCAACAUGGCAGGGGCACCACCACCCACGGCUCAUCCUCAGCAGGAGGGUGACGACGAGGAUGACGAGGGUCACAUGGACGUGCAGUUCAUUCGCGGCUUCGCUGACAAGAUUCAACGCGUCCCACAGGAGCUGCAGGAUGACCCGGCCAUCGCGCGUCCCAAGAUCAACAUCCCGAAGCGUGGCGAAAAAGACUUCGAGCCGCUCGCAGAGACGGUGAACCUGCAAGAGAUGAUGCUUCAGAACAGCCGGCAAGCGCUCUUCGACGCGCUGCAAGGCGUGCGCGGUGUGGCGAGCAAGUCUCUCUCGCACGCUCUUAUUACGCCAGCUUCACCAUUUCCGCAGCUCAUCAUCUCGCGCGGCCACGUCUUGGACACACUCGGCAUCACCGUCCGCCCGGCCGGCGGAGGAAAAGGCCGUAUCGAACUUCUUCCAGAGGAGGCACUGUAUCUCGCCGAGCGUGGCAGUCUGCAGAUUUGGAAUGGGAUGUCGCCGACUCAAGAAGAGCCUGAUCUCGGGACGUGGAGCGAGGAGGAGUUCGGGGUCCGCGGCGCGGUCGAGAUGAGUGUGCUUGAGUGCUUCAGCGCAUUCAUGGGCAUGGAGGGCCUCUCGUGGCAGCGGUAUCAAGCGUAUGCCUAUCUCAAGCGUCUGGGGUACACGGUGCAGCGGACACGGCGAUUCAUCCCUGCCCACUUCCUGCCGGUCGAGGAGCCGGUGAAGACUGGUGUGGUUGCGAAGAUCGCUGGGCUGUGGGCGCGCCUAUGUGGCGCUGUGUCCCGUCUGCUCGCUGCCGCGCGAGCGCACCUCCCAUCCCUUCGUGGAGGAGUCACCGGCGUCGGACUCGCACUGGGUAGAGUAUUUAGCAGUAACCCUCUGCGCGCCACGAUCCUUGGCUCGUGGUCAGGUCAGACUUACUCUUCCAUCUUUACACACAUCCGCUUCAUCCCGGCAGGACACACCCACCCAGUACCCUCAAGGUUGUCCUGCGCAGCAGGCAAUUCGCAGUACUCUUCCCUGGUGGAUAACCCGUACCUCCCCUUCUUCCACGUCUGGAAACCCGUCACAUCCUGGAGUAAAGCGAAGUGGGAUCGUGGAAGCCCCGCUGGCCUGGCAAACCAGCGACCUGACUACGCGAUCGCUGCUGUUGAAUCACGCAACACUCCCAUGCCGACCCUGUGGCAGCUUAAUGAGGUGUUCCAUUGUCUCCCCGACGAGCCCAAGGGCCCACCCCGCCGUGUGGGGCCGCAGUAUGAAAACCGCCGGCCACAUUUGCAGCGCGUGGAGGAGGAGGAAGCCCCGGCAUCGUGGUUCCAUCGCAUUGUGCCUUGGCUGCGAGUCAAGGCGCCGAUGGAAAGGCAACAUUCAAAUCCCAUGGCGGAGAUGCGGAACGGGGAUCGCGCGUUCAUCGUGGCGGUGAAUGACUCGGGCAACACUGGUUGGGUGCGGUUCGGCCGGUCAGGAUUUGAGAGCUUUCCUAUGGUGUAG